ACCCGGCUCCAGGUGGCCUAGGCCGGCGCCAGGAGGCGGAGGACGGAGGGGGCGCACCCCUUCGCCCACUAGAUUCCUGGGCAAACGCCCCUGCGUGACCGCUGACCGCCCCACCGCUCCCUCAGCUCCGCGCAGGCGAGGCUGCUGGGGACAGCUCGGGGCUCCGGCGGGGUCAGCGUCCCCGCCUACACGUCCUGCCCAGCGGCCCUGGAAUGCACGUCCAAAUGCUGGCCCAGCCACCACAGGGUAUUUCUCUGGGAAACUGACAGGAUACGUUCUGGGGCCCAGGUUGAGGCCCACCAGCCCUGAGUCUUAGGCUAAGGGAAUGGCAACUCCCCUGGAACUCCAGGAUGAGGCCCCUGGGGAGGGAGAAGGACUUCUGAUUGUGAAGGUGGAAGAUUCCUCCUGGGAGCACGAAUCUGCCCAACAAGACGACAGCAAGGAUUCUGAGGCCUGCCGCCAGCGCUUUCGGCAGUUCUGCUAUGGGGAUGUGCAUGGGCCUCAUGAGGCUUUCAGCCAGCUCUGGGAGCUCUGCUGCCGCUGGCUGCGUCCUGAGCUGCACACCAAGGAGCAGAUCCUGGAGCUGCUGGUGCUGGAGCAGUUUCUGACGGUGCUGCCAGGGAAGAUCCAGGGCUGGGUGCAAGAGCAGCACCCAAGGAGUGGCGAGGAAGCUGUUGCCUUGGUUGAGGACCUACAGAAGCAGCCAGUGAAAUCUUGGCCACAGGAUGUGUCCUCAGAGGAGGUAGAACCUGAGUCUGCAGCCCAGCGAUCUGUGGCAGGGACACAGAGCCGGCCACCUGUACCCCAGGAGCAACACAGCCUUAGUGCCCAGCUGCCUACUCUUCUUAAAGAGAGUCAUACCAGAGAGAUGAUGGAUACCUGCUUUGUCUCUGGAGUCCACGGACCUGUGACAUUGGGAGACAUUCCAUUCUAUUUCUCCCGGGAAGAAUGGGGCACCCUAGACCCUGCCCAAAAGGAUCUCUUCUGGGACAUAAAGCGGGAGAACUCUCGGAACACUGCCCUUGCUCUGGCCCUAGAACCCAGCAGGACUGAGGAAGGUACCUCCUCUCCUCUUGCAGGUUUGGGGCUCAAAAGCCACAGUGAGAGGUCCCAUCUGGAAGAAGUGACCACACUGCCAAGCCAAGCGGUUGGAGAGCUAACUGUGUCCUGGAGCUGCAAGGAGGCUGAGACCUGGGAGAGCGAGAACCAGCCAAGGGCGGCCCUGGGCCAAGUGGUGGGUGCUCGUCGGGGGCGGCCACCUACACGUCGGCGCCAGUUCCGGGACCUGGCGGCCGAGAAACCGCACAGCUGCGAGCAAUGUGGGAAGCGCUUCCGCUGGGGUUCUGACCUGGCUCGGCACCAGCGCACUCAUACUGGGGAGAAGCCGCAUAAGUGCCCGGAAUGUGACAAGAGCUUCCGCAGCUCCUCGGACCUGGUGCGCCACCAGGGUGUGCACACGGGCGAGAAGCCCUUCUCCUGCUCUGAAUGCGGCAAGAGCUUCAGCCGCAGUGCUUACCUGGCCGACCACCAACGCAUCCACACGGGCGAGAAGCCCUUCGGUUGCAGCGACUGCGGCAAGAGCUUCUCACUGCGCUCUUACCUGCUGGAUCACCGGCGCGUGCACACUGGCGAGCGGCCCUUUGGCUGUGGGGAGUGUGACAAGAGCUUCAAGCAACGUGCCCACCUCAUUGCCCAUCAGAGCCUGCACGCCAAGAUGGCCCAGCCUGUGGGCUGAGCAGCCAAGCUGGUACCUAAGGCCAGCCAAGAGGAUGGGGUGUUCCCAGUGAGGCUGGCAGUGUCAUAUCCUCCUUUGUGUAGCUGGGAGAGGGUACCCAUGCUCAGAGCUUGCCCACCUCCGUCUACACUGUUGGGAGGACCUGCCCAGCACUGAAACAGAAUGGAAAUCUCUGACCCUGUGGUUCCCCAUCCUGUGCUCAAGUCUCUGUACCUUGGGCCUCUGGGAACCCCAGAGCAUUCCUCAUCAGAGGCAGCAGGAUAGCCUGAGGACUCAGGAAGGCCAAGGGUCCCUUUCCAGAACUCCCUUGGCUUUGUUUGGCUGCAUGGGUCCUUUGUCUUCUCCCUUGUUGAGUGGGUCCAUGGCCCAGGCCCUCUGCAGUGCCAACCUGUGCCUUCCAUGGGGGGUUGGAGGACUGGCUUUGAUCCCCCAGGGGGUUGCUGGACUUUGAGAGGGACAAUGGGCCCACACCUAUGAGAGUCUGGGUCCUGGGCACGCCACAGAGGCUUUCUGGCUUCCAUCCCUUCCUGUUUCCAGGCUAUGACCACUCCGUCUUAUCCUGGCCACAUAGAAGCUGGCUCCCUUUGCCCUUGGCGGACUUGCCCCAGAGAGUCAUCCAUCUCCCAUUCUAGUGAGGGUUGUGGUGGUUCCAGUGAUGAGAGGCCAAUCCUGGAGAACAAGAACAGGGCGCCUGGCUGUCGCUGAUUCUUCCAGAGGCAUGGCCUGCAUCAUACUUAGUACUAGCACUCAACCAGCACUUGGCUGCUGAUUCCUUGGCACUGAAUUGCGUGUUUUUCAUCUGCAUCUUUUGCAGAUUUACAUUAACAGAGACAGACCACAGGCCUUCCAAAGGCACUCAGCCCAGUUGGCUUCAAAAGGGCAGCAGAAGGGUUUGAAUAAA